ACAAUGUCUCUUGUCAUUGUGUUGUCUCUAUGGCUCGUGUAAUGAUGCCGAAAAACAUGUAAAGUUGUGGUUUGUUAAUACAAAUUAAAGGAAAAAAAGAACUAACUUAAACAUGCGUAUUAAUGUUCGUUGUGCGGAGUAAUUGUGUUAAAAAAGCUAUAUAUAUGGUGGCGAUUCAAGUUCUCUACAAUGGAAACUAUCGCCACAGACGUGAGCUUAAAAAUCAAGUCUGCCAUCAAAGCAAAACUGAUAGAAUUGGGACUGUAUACAGAUGAAGAGCUUCCAGACUACAUAAUGGUGAUGGUGGCAAACAAGCGCACUCGUGCACAAAUGGUUGAAGACCUUCAACUCUUUCUCGGCACUAGCACUGAACACUUCACCAACUGGCUUCAUCAGGUGCUCGAAAAGCUUCAGGAGGUUACUGUAGCCAGCAUUGAAAAAAAGAAGCUGACAAAACAGAUGCAAGAGGAUAAACCCAACAAAAAAUCAAAGGAGAGCAGUGAAGAAGAACGUAAAGUCUCUAGAAGGAGGAGUAGUGCUGAAGAAAGGAAGUCAGAUGAAGGGAAAUUGAAGCAUGUGAAGAUUGAGAAAGAUUUGGACUGGGUGUUGACUGAUAAUCAGAGAGGUGGGAAGAACACUAAAGUCACAGAAGAUGAUGUCAAGAGAACUGAAGUCGAGACAAGAAACACUGCGGAUGAUGGUGCUGCAAGUGAUGCACGUAAAACGGAGGACUCUGAUCGCUCCACCAGUGUACGCCUUGAAGAAGAAAAGCAUCCUAAAAUUUCUGGAUCUGUAUCACAUGCUCGUGCUCCAGUAACAAAGCCAAAGAUUGUCCUAAUGCAGAGUGAUGAUGAUGACGACGAUGAGGACUUCAUCAAUAUCAAGGCUGAUGCGGAGGCAGCGGAACUGUUGGACGCGGAGCUCCCAGAGGACUCUCCCAGUCACUCGUUCAAACCCUCCACCCCAGAGAAGUCAGUUUCGCCCCCUCCGGCCCCUGCCAGGAGACCUUCGAAGGAGCUGAGCAAGGCAGGUCCGGUGGAGGCGGAGGCUGGGGGGGUUGACGGGCAGCAGCAGGCCGCGCCCAGCGAGGACAGGAGGGAAGCAGGCCGGAGGAGCGCGAGGAGGUCGAGCUCCGAGUCCUCGCCCGUGGUCGCCAGGCUGCCAGGCCAACGAGUGGAGGGACCUGUGCAGGCGACAAAGCGCCCUGCGGAGCCGACCAGUGACGAGACGAGCCCCAAGAAGCGCACCAUGCUGUCCCGUGUGGUGGCCCUCCACCGACAAGGAGGCAGGAUCGUCAAGGAGGAGGUGGAGGAGGAGUACGACCCCACCAACCCGGCCGUGGGGACCGUGGCGUCCGUGGUGCGCGUCAAGCCGCGGCCCAAGGUGCCUGCUGCCCUUCAGGCCAGCCGCAACCUCAUCCUGAAGGCGGUGGCGGAGGCGCAGAAGUCGGUUGCUGCGGCACCUGUGAGGCGCGAUCCCAGCGAGAGACCAAGUGAGCUAAGGACUAAAAGGUAUCAGAUGAAGGUUGACAUGCAAGCUAAAGACUCUGAAGCCAAUAGCCACAAUGAUUGGAAAGGAUUGCGCUUACAUGAAAAUAACAAUUCUGACGUGACAAAUCGCAGUUUGUCCACGAUCAGAUCGUCAGAAAACCUGAGGAUACGCGUGACAUCUGGCGAGAGUCGCAAUGUUGACAGCCCAUCAAGUGGGAAGACGUUAAGUCGACUGACAUCAACAGACAGCGAGAUGGAACCAGAAUCAACUAGUUUGGAUAACACAGCCUGCAGCGUAAACACUACGGAAAGGCCGGAGAGUCCCCAGUUCGUGGUGACGCUGGAUGGGCUGGAGCGCAGCCUGUUUGAGGAGGAAGACGAUUAUGAGCUCCAGAAGAUUGAAGAGCAGAAGCAAGAUAAUGCAGACGAGAAGUCCAAGAGACACCGCUCGCCCAUUAUCUUCUCCCCGAACACAACUACCACUGUUUCUACGUCGUCUUCCAAAGUUGCUGAAGCUGUCCCGUUGAAGAGUAUUGACAGAUGUCGAUUUUGGCCCGCAUGUCGGCUGGGAGACAAGUGUACAUUCUCACAUCCCACGACACCUUGCAAGUCAUUUCCUAGCUGCAAGUUUGGGGAGAAGUGCCUGUACAUCCAUCCCAACUGCAAGUUUGACGCUGCGUGCACGAGGAGGGACUGUCCAUUCACCCACGCGAGCCCGCGCUUGUUGGCUCCCAUUUACCCAGGUGCAUCAGCAGUACGGCAACCAACACAGAUGUGCAAGUUCUUUCCAAAUUGCAGUAAUGCAAAUUGUCCCUUUCUUCAUCCCAAGCCUUGCCGAUAUGGGAAGUACUGCAGCAAGAAAGGCUGCACAUACCAGCACCACAGCAACAAGAUACCAGCAGUGCACAAGCUCAAGUGGUCCUCACACGUACCAACUUAAAACUGCACAUUUCCUGUACAUACAGACUUGGUCCAUGUUUCUGUGGCACAUGCCAUAAAUAUGUAUUAUCUUCCUAGUAGGCUUGUGCAAGAAGACAGUUGUUCUAGUCGUGAGAGGUGAUUGUGACAAGCGUGAACCCGCUGUGUGAAGUUCCAAUGCUGAUGUUAUUUUCACAGGACAUGUUUUUAUCUGUGAGAGCUAAAAUGUGUAUAAGAAAAAAAAAUAUUUUAUAAAAAAAGCUAUAUUGUAUA